AUGGCCCAUUCCCUGUGCCCGUCCCUCUCGCUCUCCGAAACCUGGUUACGGUCCACAGACUGCGCCCCUGCCCGGCCGCUGCCGCCUUCUGACAGGGGCAGCGGCUGUUCCCCUGCCUCGUCCCCGGACUCGUGGGGCAGCGCCCCGGCGGGCAGUCCCGUGCCAAGCCCAGCCCGCCCGUGCGUCCGCUCGGCCCCGCGCGCCCCGACGGCCGGUAGGCGCCUGGGCAGCUGGCAGCGGCGGAGCGCCAGCGAGCGCGAGAAGCUGCGCAUGCGCACCCUCGCCCGCGCCCUGCACGAGCUGCGCCGCUUUCUGCCGCCGUCCAUGGCGCCGGCGGGUCAGACCCUGACCAAGAUCGAGACCCUGCGCCUGGCUAUUCGCUACAUCGACCACCUGUCUGCCAUCCUGGGCCUCAGCGAGGACAGCUUGCAGUGCCGGCUCCAGCGGUGCGUGGGCGCGGCGUCUCCUCGGGGCUGUGUGCUCUGUCCGGACGGCAGCUCCAUGCAGGCGCAGACGCGGGAUCCUGGACCUCACCCGGACCCUGCCUCCAGCAAGGGACCGUGCUGGGGGUCCCCGCCUGCGUGCCCAGCACCCGGGGCCGCUCCGGAACCGCGCUCCCCGCCAGUUAUGUGCGUCGAGGCGACCAGCCGGCCAGGGCAGACAGUGGAGCCGAACCCAUCUUCUCCGCUCUUUCCCAGCGAAGUGCUGACCCUGCUGGAGAACUGGAUGCCCCUCUCAAUCCUGGAGUGGCCGCCGGCCUGAGCCUGAGGAGUACGAUGACAAGGCCUUCUGAGCACCCAGUCUUUUUUUGGCCUCAGGACCUUUAAAGAGGACUGUCUCUCCUGGAAGAGGGACCAGCAAAUCUGGCAUGGCAUUCUUGGGGUGAGAGCCUGUCUUC